AUGGAGGCCCUGGGAGGGACCACUAUUUUCUUGUUGGUAUGCAUCUCAUGCCUUCUCUUUGCCACAUGGAGAAGCAGAUCUCAAAAAGGGAAGGAGCCUCCUGGUCCCACUGCAUUUCCCCUUGUUGGAAACCUGCUCCAGAUAAACCCAUGGAAUUUGCCUGAAAGCUUGAAAGAGCUCAGUGAGAAGUAUGGUCCUGUCUUCACGGUAUAUUUGGGCCCACAAAAGGUUGUGGUGCUGUAUGGCUAUGAUGUUGUAAAAGAAGCUCUGAUUGAUCAAGGAGAUGACUUCAGUGGAAGAGGCACUCUACCACUGAUUAAAAAACUCUUCCAAGGCACAGGCAUUGUGACCAGCAAUGGGGAGACCUGGAAGCAGCUGAGACGAUUUGCACUCACCACCCUACGGGAUUUUGGGAUGGGGAAAAAGGGCAUUGAGGAGCGGAUCCAGGAGGAAGCUCAUUUUCUGGUGGAGAGGCUCAAGAACACACAUGAGAGACCCCUCAACCCUGGCAAUUUCCUAGUCCAUGCUGUUUCCAACAUCAUCUGCUCCAUUGUCUUUGGGGACCGGUUUGACUAUGAGGAUGAGAAAUUUCUAGCUUUAAUUGAUUGGAUAGAGGAAAACAACAAUCUCCAGACCUCUAUACAAACACAGGUGUGUCUCUAUAAUUUCUUCCCAACUGUCAUGGAUUAUUUACCUGGACCUCAUCAAAAACUGAUAAAAAAUUUUGAAAAAGUUGAUAAAUUUACAACAGACAUCGUAAUGGAACACCUGAAAACCCUGGAUCCCAGUUGUCCUCGAGAUUUUAUUGAUUCUUUUCUUAAUAAAAUGGAACAGGAGAAAGGGAAUGAUGACUCAAAAUUCACCAUUGAGACCUUGAGCAGAACCACACUCGACUUGUUCCUUGCAGGAACAGGAACCACAAGCAUCACACUGAGAUUUGCAAUUCUGAUUCUCCAUAAAUACCCAGAGAUAGUAGAGAAAAUGCAAAAGGAGAUCGAUUCUGUGAUUGGCCGAGACCGAAGUCCCCGCAUGUCAGAUCGGAGCCAGAUGCCCUUUACAGAUGCUGUGAUCCAUGAAGUCCAGAGAUACAUUGAUUUCCUUCCUCUUAAUGUCCCACAUGCUGUAAUCAAAGACACCAAGUUCAGAGACUAUUUUAUCCCCAAGGACACUCUGAUAUUCCCUAUGCUGAGUUCUGUCCUGCAUGAUAGGAAGGAAUUUCCAAAUCCAGAAAAAUUUGACCCAGGACAUUUCUUGAACGCAAAUGGUACCUUUAAAAAGAGCGACUACUUCCUGCCAUUUUCUACAGGAAAACGUGUCUGUGCAGGAGAAGGUCUGGCCCGGAUGGAGAUAUUCAUAUUUUUAACAUCCAUCCUGCAGAACUUUACUUUGAAGCCUGUUAUGGAUCACAGAGACAUUGACAUUAGCCCAAUAAUCACCAGUCUGGCAAGUAUGCCUCGACCCUACAAGGUCUCUUUUGUUCCACGUUAG